CACGAUUACAAAUGAAUCUUGAAAGAGUUCUGAUGAGAUAUAGAUAUUUAGUUACUCGCUAGGGUUGCAAGUUACCAAACGGGCUAUCGUCCAUUGUUUUUAUUGUUUACAUGAACAUAAUAGGUUUUUUUUGCCUUCAAUCUAGCGUGAUAUUCGCUAUAAGGUUUUCAUAUUCGUACCAAAUUCAUCUAAGGUAAACAGUGAAGGCAAGGAUUCUGACACAUUACGUCUCUGAAUAGCGAUAAUCCACGGACGGUAUUAUGGAGUCGAACAAUAAAAACAAACAAUCGGCGGUGCGGAAGUUAAAAUUUAUCGAAAUAGAUGCCCGGGAUAGCGGAGAGGAAAAAGAUACGCCUGACUCCGUAACGGAUAACACCGAGAAAAAUUCGGAUCAGGGGAAAAACCAAGAAUGCGCGUCGUCGGAAAUUGAUUCUGCCGAAAGCAUGUCGCCGACCGCUGACAGACCGGAAAAUUAUUGGGAUAUGUUUGUUGGAUUGAAGAAAAAGUUGUGUUCGACGUUAAUAAAAUCUAAGCCCCAAGGAGCACCUGGAUCGUCUAACGAUACUGAACCAAAUAUCGACGAGGCGGAGAUCGAUGAGGUUUUCCAAACGCUAAUGAACAACGAACCUACGUUACUCGAGCGGAAUUCUCCUUACGCAAGCUUAGUGGAUCAGAUUAAAACACAGCUACACGUUAAGAUGCAGCUGAAAAAUGCACUGAGUGCAGGUAUGAGCUCAAAGAAAUUCCUUCCCUUUGUGCAACUGGUCGAAACUCAAAGAUUAUUGCUACUUUCAUCAUUGAAAGAAAAGGCGGCAAAAAGGGAGCUGUGGAGGCUUCUUAACAACAAGAAGGCAAAUAUUACCCGAAAGAUAGACUUUGUGACGUUAACUAAUUUUCAAAUUUCUUUGAGUGAGAGAGCCUUAAAUGAGCCGGGUAUCGGCAAUCUGUAUGUGGUUGUUUGCUCCUACAAAAAUCAUGUGCACACGACCUAUGUUGAGCAACAGUAUGAGAGUCGUGUUCACAUAAGGAAUAGUAAAAUCACAUUCCACGAUCUGGACGAAGAAUACGGAAUUAAAGUGGAGAUUUUUGCUCUCAAAAUGAGCGAUUUAUUACCAAGCUUUGCUUCUGAAGCGGACUUCCCUCGAUUCGAGUCUCACGGACACGUCGUCUUCAAACCAUCUGGCAUGAAGGCAUCGACCAGUAGUUCCCAGCAGGAUCUAACAAACUCGAGUAGCAUGAAGGAUAUUUCUUACAGUUCUUACCAUCCCAUAAGAACCGGUUCUCAAGAAAGAGUGCGAUGUGGAAGCCGAAAAAUUUAUCUCGUGGAGUAUUCGAGGACUCUAGACUUCGACAGAACGAAGUAUGAACUACUCGAUAGCAUAGAGAUGACAAUCAAGACUGAGAUAUAAAAACGAUAUGGAAUUCAGAGAACUACUGUGGUGUUACUUAAGCAUUGAGUAGUAUUCAUGAUAAUCAUCUGUUCGUUCGAUUCUACAUUUGGUUCUUUUCCAUAUAGAAAUCAUUUAUAUGAGAAACGAUUGUGUUUAGCUUGAUAAUGCUAGAUUUAUGAUUCACAAAAUCUACAAAAAUACAAAACAAAGAGUUAUUUUAUAUGCAAAUCGACAGGUCUUAAACAUGUAACAUUUAUAAUGUUGUGUAAUAUGAGAAACCGCAGUUGUGUUUUACGUAGGAUAGAUUAAUUGAGAUGGGACGAAUAUUUUAACAUGUAGGAAAAAGAAAUACAUAUAUGAAUACCGCAUUACCUGGUACCAUUAGCAUAUUAAUAAUCGCCAUACCAUGGAUGUGGCAAUAAAGUGUGUUCAAUUUUUUUUCA